AUGUUUAAAACGAGAUCAAUUCAAACUAUUGUUAAAUCCAAUACAUUAAUUUCCAAAAGAUUAUUAGAAACAGGUACAAAAGGUCAUGCAACUUGGCCACUGACUAAUUAUAUAAUUAAAAGUUAUACUCAAGGAAGUAAGAAUUUAAUUGGUUGGAUACUUGCUUUUCUGACAGUUAUGGUAAUUUGGCCAGUUGGUAUUGUUUAUGGAUCUGAUUUUAUUCAUAAAGUUCCUGGUGAUAAUGGUACUCAAGUACAAGCUAAACGAAUUGGUUGGAAUAAAUACGAAACUAAUGUUCAAAUUCCUUUUGGUUACUCUGGUAUUAGUAAAAAAGAUGAUAUUGAAAGUGAUUAA